UAUAGUGAUGAGGAGGGAUCGGGCGCUCAUGUCCCGGCAUGAAGAUUAGACAGUGAUCGCACAGACUCAGAGGAGGAGGAGGAGGAGGAGGGAGGUUGGCACGGCGGACACAGGCGGCUCUGUUCCCAGGAUCGCUCCGCACACAAGGUCAGUGUGAUCUCCCCGGACACCCGGGAGAGGAGGAGAGGUGCGCUGGUGUGAGGAAGAUACUCUACAAGCAAGACACUGAGAAUGGACGACUCGGGAUCCUGGUCUGAGACCUCCAGCCCUGACGCCACAUUGCCUUCACAGGGGAAAAAAGCCAAAGGCAAGGCUCCUCUUCCUCCCGGGGACACGAGGUGCUCUGACAGUCUGCCGUCGUUUGAUUCUGCAGACACCUUCCAGUUUAACAUGGAUCAGAAGGAGAAUAUCGACAGAGACAUCGAGCUCAAUGUAGUUCUUCCAGGUGACAGGGUCACAUCCACCACCGUGAAUGGCAGCAAACCCAUGAUGGACCUGCUUGUAUUCCUUUGUGGACAGUAUCAUUUGAACCCAUCCGCCUACACAAUAGAACUGCUCUCAGCAGAUCAAAACGUGCUCAAGUUUAAACCAAACACACCUAUUGGAAUGCUGGAGGUAGAAAAAGUUAUCCUGAAAUCUAAAAAUGUGGAGGACAGACAAAAAAAACCCGGGCCAACAAUGCCAGAGCAAACUGUUCGACUUGUCAUCAACUAUAAGAAAACACAGAAGACGGUGAUGAGAGUUAGUCCUUUUGUUCCAUUGCAAGAUCACAUUCCCUCCAUUUGUAGUAAAUGUGAAUUUGAUCCAGAGACUACGGUACUCCUACAUGAUUACCAGUCUCAGAAACACCUUGACACCACAAAGUCUCUCAAUGACCUUGGUUUGAGGGAACUCUAUGCUUUGGAUCAGAAUAAAGCAACGUCUCCAACAGAAUUCAGACUGCCACCUUUACAAGAGUCUUGUCAGAAUGUGGAGAUGAAGCAGAAUGAUGACAAACGGUUCUUUAAUUUUUUCCGGAGAAGCACUAAAAAAAAGCGGGAUCAGACCUCCAGUGCUCCAGCCACUCCAGUGCUCAAUAAAUCAAGGCCAACCCAUGCAGUGAGAGCAAACACUAUUAUCAAAUCCUACGACUCCAACACCAUGCCUUCUGAUGUACCAAAGAAAAGGAGAGCUCCGCUGCCACCUAUGCACCCCUCUCAGAACAACGCUAUAGCCCGCGGACAGAUCCGUACCUCCUCUUGUGUUGUAAAGUCUGUCAGUAUGGACGAAUCAGAAAAAUUUGUUUCAGGAUUUGACCGAUCAAGAACUGGCUCUUUUCAGCACAGUGGGACAUCAUCCUUUAAUUCUUCUAUAAGAAGAGCAAAACGCAAAGCCCCGCCGCCACCAGCUCCACCAGGCAAACCACUGCAGGCCAGUGACGAGAAUAGCAAUGAUAUCGUACAUGUUUCAGAAGAAGCGACUGUUGCAAAAGUGGAAAAUUACGAAACAAAUCUGGAUGGCGCUGCUCUAGAAGCAGAUGUAAUUCUUGAGUCAGACCAGCAGAAGGUGGAGGAGAAGAAUGAGUCAAGCGUCUCUCUGAAGUUAGAGGAGAAUACCUCAUUAAAGGAAGAAGCCACAGGCUCUGGAAAGGAAGAAAUAAGUAUAUCUUCAGCUGAAGAACAAAGUGUGGAAACGCUGGUCACAGAUGAAAUUGCAAGUUCAGAAAUGCACAGUUCUAUGGUUUCUAAUGUAGAAAAUAUUUCCAAGAUUUCAGAAGAUGAGAUCAUCACCGAGAUCACGUCAAGCCCUUUGUCAAGAGAUGAUACGGUGAUGGAAAAUACAACACUUGAAUAUGAUAAGAUUGUGGAGCUUGAAAACAGAACUUCAACCCCAACUGCGGAGCUAGAGAACCAUCAAACCUUUACAACAAAAACAGUAGUUAUGGAGCAGGGCCCCCAAACUCUGUCCUCUGAACAACACACCAAAGAUACAAAUAUUGUUUUUCAAGAUUACCGCCACAUUACAGAGAAUGAAACAUGUGAGCAUGUGAAGAUCACCAACACAGAAAAGGGAAAAAUGCAGGAUUCAGCUGUCCAGACAAUGCAGGAUUCAGCAGUCCAGACUGUUAACUUUGACAAUGAUGCAGAGAAACUUGCAGAGGAGUUUUUACAUUCCCGGGAAUCUACUUACCUAAAAACUGCGAGUAGCACAGACAAUGUUCAGCAUAAACUUAAUGGUCACAUAGGCCAGUUGACACAGUUUAAUGGCCAGCAGAUGGCUGUAACUGUGAAAACACCAAGUAAGUCGGAACUUGUUGACAAUCUCAGGGAAAGUAUGCACACACAGACCAUUGAUGAGGGCAGUAUUGAGAGUUCUUUGAUUUCACAAUCAAAAACCGUCCCAUUUUAUAGACAGCAUUCUGAUCCCAAGCCCAAGCCUUCCAAUGAAAUCACUAGAGACUACCUUCCCAAGAUCGGAAUGACAACUUACAAAAUUGUUCCUCAGAGAUCGUUUGAUGCAGAGCAAUAUAUGGAAUCUGAAAGUCCACAGGACGUCCAUAAUAUUGAGUACAGACCAAUGAAUGAACAUGUGAUAAGUCAUACUGUUACACAUGGCAAUAAUACAUCAUCUGUAGGUGAAAAGCCUAUACUGUUGUCACAAACAAAAAAUGGACACCAUUUACCAGAAGGGUCAGCUACUUAUUCCUUUAACACUGCUUCAAAAAGUGUUUCUGAGCCUAGUCAAAUAGACCAUCUUGCCUUAUCUAGAAGUUUAUCUGCAGCACCUGCCUUAAGCACAAAUAAAGUUGCUCCUGAGGUCAAACCAAAGCCGAAGCCCACAAGCCCAGUCAAAGGUCCAAGUUCCUUUUACUUACAAAUGCAGAGGAGAGCUUCCAGUAUGUAUGUGACAUCUGCAAUUGCCAAGACAAAGUCUUCCGCUAGUGCAGUGAACAGCACAGCUAAACCUAAGGAUCUGAGCAAUGAAGCUUCUCUGAUUACUACUGCAACACUUCCCUCUAGAAUUAAUGUAGUAAAUAUGUCUUCCGGUUUAGAGGAAAGGUUGCCUGGAGAUAGAUCAGAAUUAUCGGGAAGACCUUAUGAGGUCAAAAAUGGUGGUCUUGGAUCAAUCAAUGAAGUAAAUUUGGAAACUGAAAACAUCUACACUUCACAUUCUUCCAUGGAAAGUCUUGUUAAACCAAUACAAAGUGAGGUAUCUUCUGUCGGUGUGCCAGUAGAACACAAAAAGCAUGUAACGUUCCAAGAAACUAUCCAGACUGAUGACUUGGAACCACCUCUGCAAAUGAAGAUUUCUGAUUACACCAGCACUGUACCAGAAAUCUACCGUGCUGACAGACCAUCUGUCCCACAGGAUUAUAAACCUGAAGUUCUUUCAACAACAUCACAUAGCAAGCUGACCAGAACUUUAAGUUCUCCAACUGGCCAGUCUGCUCCAUUGACCUUGCCGAAGUUAAGUACUUUUAUUACUCCCAAGCCUUUUACAAGUACAAAUUCCAGUUCUUUUUCUUCUGCUGUUACAUCACCAGUUAAAAGAUCUCAGUCAUUCAGUUCUAGUAUCUCACCUGUCAAACAGCAAUUGAAUGCGAAUGCUCCCAUUGGUUGGUCAUCAGUCACUUCACCAGUUGAAUUCAAGAAAGAUUCCCUGGUCUUCCCUGAGAGUUCAGAAGAAAUCCUAGAAAAUGAGACACUAACCCCUGAACUAAAAUACAGAGUGCAUAGUCCACCUCCUGUUCCCGAAAAAAAGACAACAGUAUCCCUUCCGAGCUCUGACCCAGAAGAGCUCCGCCAAAACAUUCUGUCUGCCAUUCGCUCAGGAGAGGCAGCUGCCAAGCUGAAAAGGAUCACUAUCCGCUCUAACACCAUUUCCGUUAAUGGAAAAUCUCGAAUCAGUCAUCCAGCUUUCUCACAAACAUUACCCGAAAACUAGACGCAGUGCCAAGAAUCGUUCUUACUGCUUCACAUCCUUCGAAUGUACCAGUUGAAUACUUAAGUUUAAGUUUUGUUAAAUUAAGGUAUAUAUUGAUAUAUAAUAUCUCAGUAACUUUCAUAGGAAAAUUUAAAUAAAACAUAUAUAUAUUUUUGGGCUUUGUAAUUACCUAUGCAGCCUGACGUUUUCUAUAAUUCUAAUUAUUUUUGUUCUAAUGACUGGUUGGUUAUUAAAAUUUAAAAAUCUCUCAAAUAGGAAAUGCCUAUAGAGUUCAGUACCUGCGAGUUAUUUGUAAAUUGAAAUGCUGCAACUUGUUUUUUUUUUUUCCUGUUUUCAGAACAUGAUGUAAUGAUUCUUUAAACCAUUUUGAUUUCUGAAAUUGACUGUAUAUAACUGCCAUUAUUGCCUCGGUGUCACAGAUAAUUUAAAUAAAUCUGCUGCAAGCAGUGUUGACAGAAUUUCUAAUCCGAAUGUUACUGUAUGUGUUCUAGUGACUGUAAUCUACAAAUUCCUUUAAAUAUCUAUGUUUGUAUGUAUUUUCUGACAGAUGUUUUAAUGUUGUAAAGGUAAAACAUGAGCUUUAAGGAAUGUGUUCACUUGUUGUAUUGUCUCUUGUUCUGUAGGCAUACAAAAAUUUCCUCUGUAGCCUACAACUUCUAAUUGGAUUUUACACUGCCAAAUAAAAGGAUUUAGUUGGAAUUAA